AUGGGCGUCUCAAUCGACAGCCGGUCGCUUGAGCCGGGAGACGCAUUUAUCGCCAUCAGGGGAGACCGCCUCGAUGGGCACGAUUAUGUCGCGGCCGCUCUGGAAGCUGGAGCGGCACUUGCAGUUGUUGCUGAAAGCCGGAUGUCCGACCUGCCGGAAGACGGCCGUUAUCUUGUUGUUCCCGAUCCGCUGGCGGCGAUGCGUCUUCUCGGCAUUGCGGCUCGUGAACGUUCACAUGCCAAGAUUAUCGCCGUAACCGGCUCCGUGGGGAAAACCGGAACCAAGGAAGCACUCAGGCUGACGCUCGAGCAAUCCGGAAAAGUGCAUGCAUCCGUUGCGUCGUUCAACAACCAUUGGGGUGUGCCGCUGACACUUGCCCGCAUGCCUGCAGAUACCGAAUUCGGCGUCUUUGAGAUCGGUAUGAACCAUGCCGGUGAAAUAACGCCGCUGGUCAGGAUGGUUCGGCCGCAUGUGGUGAUCAUUACGACCGUGCAGGCGGUGCAUCUGGAGUUCUUCGAGUCUGUGGAGAAAAUCGCGCAGGCGAAGGCGGAGAUAUUUGACGGAUUGGAACCGGGCGGAAUUGCCAUCCUGAACAAGGACAAUCGGCAAUACGAUCUCCUGAGAUUCCUGGCGGCCGCGGCGGGCGUCUCUCAUGUCCAGACCUUCGGUGAAGACCCCGGCGCUGACAGCCAUACCGAGAACGUCGUGGGUUAUGCGAGUGGAUCCAGUGUUGACGCCUCGAUUGCCGGGACUGAAAUCACCUACAAGAUCGGCGCUCCCGGCAGGCAUCACAUCAAGAACAGCCUGGCGGUUCUGACAGCGGUCCAGGAUGUCGGUGCGGACCUUGCGAAAGCGGGUCUUGCGCUGGAUGCAAUGCGCGCCCCGCGAGGACGCGGCGAAGUCAGCCAUCUGAAGAUAGAUACCGGUGAAAUCACGCUGAUCGACGAGAGCUACAACGCCAAUCCUGCCUCGAUGCGCGCAGCGCUCGCGGUGCUGGGUGAGACGCCUGUUUCCCGCCCGGGACGCCGGAUUGCCGUUCUUGGGGAUAUGCGCGAGCUUGGCGUUGAUGCCGAUCGUUUGCAUGCAGGCCUGCUGGGACCCGUUACCGACGCCGGGAUCGACGGUGUCUAUUGCGCGGGCCCGCAUAUGCAUACGCUCUGGGCACAGCUCCCGCAUGAAUUGCGUUCGCACUAUGCCGAAGAUGCAAAAGGUCUGGAAGACGCCAUUUUGAGUGACGCGCGACCCGGCGAUGUCGUUAUGAUCAAGGGAUCGCUCGGAACUCGCAUGGGACCGCUUGUCGAAGCCCUGAAGAAGGAAUACCCGCCCGCGGAUGACACCGCGGCGGCAUAA